CAGCUUCAGUGUGCCUGCAUGUGAUUUAGGGGUUGAAUAGCAAGAAACCCAGCCAAGGUUUCUUAACCUAGCAACUCCUAAACCUAAUAUUGCUCAAAACCUAAAGCAGGCAAAGAGAGGUCAUGGCUAUUUUCAACGGUCACAAUCAUUUGGCUUUAGGUUUUGGCAUGCUAGGUAACGUCAUUUCAUUCAUGGUGUACUUGGCACCCCUGCCAACAUUUUACCGAAUAUACAAAAAGAAAUCCACAGAAGGUUUCCAAUCACUGCCUUACCUGGUGGCACUCUUCAGUUCCAUGCUUUGGCUAUACUAUGCCUCACUCAAGCCAGCUGAUGCUACUCUCCUCAUUACCAUUAAUUCAUUGGGUUGUGUCAUUGAGAUUGUUUAUAUUAUCAUGUUCACAAUCUAUGCCACCAAAGAUGCCCGGAACUUAACCGUUAAAUUAUUUAUGGUGAUGAACGUGGGUUCCUUCGCCUUGAUCUUCCUCGUCACCUACUUUGCUAUGCAUGGCUCCCUCCGUGUCCAAGUCGUUGGAUGGGUUUGUGUAUCUAUUGCAGUAGGUGUUUUUGCGGCACCUCUCAGCAUUGUGGCUCAGGUUAUUCGAACCAAGAAUGUGGAGUUUAUGCCGUUUAACUUGUCACUUUUCCUCACCAUAAGUGCCGUAAUGUGGUUUUUCUAUGGUCUUUUACUCAAGGACAUAUGCAUUGCUAUCCCGAAUAUUCUCGGGUUCACAUUGGGACUACUUCAGAUGCUGCUCUAUGCAAUUUACCGGAAUGGUAAAACCAACAAUAAGGAAGUUGUUACAAAGGAGGAGCAUGCACUAGAGGCAAUGAAAAACGUUGUCGUGGUGAACCCGUUGGGAACGUGUGAAGUGUACCCAGUUAUCGGUAAAGAGAUCAAUAACAAUGGACAAGGAAUAGAAGGUGCUGAAGAGAAGGAGAAAGGCGUGGAAUUAGGCAAGGAAUGCCCAGUGUGAAAUGGUUUUAAUAUUAUAUAUAUAUGCUCAGUGCAAUUGUUACAGACAGGAGCACUUCGAAUCAUAUUAGGAAAUGGUUUUCUUUACAAUAUUCAUAUAUAAAUAUGCGUAUACCGUUUAUGUCGGUGACUUCUGUUAUGUUAAAAUCUACAAGUCAUAUAUUAUGAAUCAUGUUCUCUAGCUAUCAUCAACCAUUAAUUUAA